CUCCUGGGCCUGUUCUUAUAGAUUCUGAUGAUGGUGGGCCUGCCUGCCGCCGGUAAGACCACAUGGGCCAUCAAACAUGCAGCCUCCAACCCCUCCAAGAAGUACAACAUCCUGGGUACCAAUGCCAUCAUGGAUAAGAUGCGGGUGAUGGGCCUACGCCGUCAGAGAAACUACGCCGGCCGCUGGGACGUCCUGAUCCAGCAGGCCACCCAGUGCCUCAACCGCCUCAUCCAGAUCGCUGCCCGAAAGAAACGCAACUAUAUCCUAGAUCAGACAAAUGUUUAUGGGUCAGCCCAGAGACGAAAAAUGAGACCAUUUGAAGGCUUCCAGCGCAAAGCUAUUGUAAUUUGUCCCACUGAUGAGGACCUAAAAGACCGAACAAUAAAGCGAACCGACGAAGAAGGGAAGGAUGUCCCAGAUCACGCGGUCUUAGAAAUGAAAGCCAACUUCGCUUUGCCAGAUGUUGGGGACUUCCUGGACGAGGUGCUGUUCAUUGAGCUGCAGCGAGAGGAAGCAGACAAGCUGGUGAGGCAAUACAAUGAGGAAGGCCGCAAGGCUGGGCCACCCCCUGAGAAGCGCUUUGACAACCGAGGCGGUGGCGGCUUCCGGGGCCGUGGCGGUGGCGGCGGUUUCCAGCGCUAUGACAACCGAGGUCCCCCCGGGGGCAACCGAGGAGGCUUCCAGAAUCGGGGAGGAGGCAGCGGAGGAGGCAGCUACCGAGGAGGUUUCAACCGCAGUGGAGGUGGUAGCUACAACCAGAACCGCUGGGGUAACAACAGCCGGGAUAACAACAACUCCAACACCCGAGGCAGCUACAACCGGGCUCCCCAGCAACAGCCGCCACCACAGCAGCCACCGCCACCGCAGCCACCGCCGCAGCAGCCUCCACCGCCACCCAGCUACAGCCCUGCUCGGAACCCCCCAGGGGCCGGCAGCUACACUAAGAACAGCAACAUCCCUGGCUCGAGCGCCAAUACCAGCACCCCUACUGUCAGCAGCUACAGCCCUCCACAGCCGAGUUACAGCCAGCCACCUCCCUACAACCAGGGAGGUUACAGCCAGGGCUACACAGCUCCACCACCUCCACCUCCGCCACCACCUACCUACAACUAUGGGAGCUACGGCGGGUACAACCCAGCCCCUUACACCCCUCCGCCGCCCCCCACCGCACAGACCUACCCUCAGCCCAGCUAUAACCAGUACCAACAGUAUGCCCAGCAGUGGAACCAGUACUAUCAGAACCAGGGCCAGUGGCCGCCGUACUACGGGAACUAUGACUACGGGAGCUACUCCGGGAACACACAGGGGGGCACAAGCACACAGUAGCCAGUGUGUCCUGGAGGCCCCUGCCAGCUUCCUCCACCAGCGCCCACCUUGGCCCCCCUUGUCCACCACCGGGUCACGUGGUGCUGGGGGACGGGUCCUCCCAGGGCUGCCUCCCCUCCAAGGGGCUCUUCCCCCACACAGGGCCGGGCAUUUUCCUCCGGAUUCAAACAGGCAACAAUGACCAUUUAUUUUGUUUGUCCCCCCACCCCCCUCCUCUUCCUCUUCCUCCCUUCCUCCUUUUUGACUAAAGACCCCCCCUCUCCCUUGGUCGUACAGUGAGGCUUCAGGGCUGUGGGGAGGGCCCCUUCCUGUCCUCUGGUCCCAGCCCUGCUCCAGCCCCUCAGCUUCCCAGAUUCUCAUGCAGUUGGUUGUAAAUUCUUCCAGGAGCUGUUUUACUGUCUACUUUUCAGGAUUAAAAAAAAAAAAAAAAAAAAAAUCAAAAACUUAAAAACACACACAAGUUUAAAAAAGCAAAAUGCAGAGGGAGGAAGAAGCGACAUAUUUUUUUGGUAAUUAUGCUUUUUUUUUUUAAUUUUUAGAAUUUGUCCCUUUUUACUGUGGGUCGGCUGUUGAUAUUUCAUCAGGAUAACCAUUUCUUUGCUGAGUUCAGGUGACUGAGGAAGAGCCACACCCUCAAAACAAAACACACACAAAACAAAACCACAGAAUCAUCUUUAACCUAACUUUUUAUACAAUGUCUCAGUUUCCCAUAACUUUGCACACAAGCUUCUGUGUUGAGUUGAAUUGUACCUGCCUUUUGUAUUUGGAGAGAGUGUGACUAUUGAACUUGAAACAUUUUAUUCUGGGCGUCUUGGUAGUUUCUGGUGGGAUUAAUGGGGUGAGAGGGAAGAAGGGAGUUGGGGGGCUCCUUCCUUUCAGAACAUGAAGUUUCUCCCACUGCCUCCUCUCCAAAGGUCUCCCAGGUGCCAGACCUAAAGGUUUUUUCCUGCAGUGAUCCUCUGAUUAUUUUUACUUCCCCUUGACCCAUAUGUUUUAACAGGACUUUAACAAACUGCACUUAUUAAGAAAUGUGUUUGCCCUGU